CUUUAUCUGUGGAGCAAGAAGGAGCCUUGGGCUGAUCCCGGGAUACACCGCUUCUCUGGCCGAGACUUUUCCGACACCCACCAUGAACCAAAUGGACUCUCUGUGCAGCGGGGGGCAGAGUGGAGCCCCAGAGAGCAUGCUGGGAAGAUGUCGCAUGUAGUGGAACAGGUGCAUUGGGCCAUUUGGAAGAAGCAUGUGGAGCAGCCUUGGAUGGCUGGUAUGUCAAGGCUUCAUGUGUGAGGUGUCUCUAUAACCUACUAUGGGCAAUUCGGUGAGCAGACCCAGCUGUCUGGGGGAGAAGAGUUGCAAGUCCGAGCGUUUCCUGAAGGAAUGUUGUGUGAAGAAGGAAUCCAUAGUGGACACAGAGGGGCCCAGGAACAAUGCAGAGCCCAGCACAGUGCCCUCCGAGAAGAAGCAAAAUGAUCUGGUGAUUGAGAAAGAGCUGAACGUUAGCCCAGUGUCCUGCAAAGGCCGACUGAAUGAGCCCCUCCCAAAGCAGAACAACUCAGAGGCCAAUGUCCAAAAUGGGUCGCUUAAAAGUGGGACCCCCAGAUCCACUCCAGAUCAUAUGGAUAAAGUCUGGACGCCACAGAGGGGGACCCUACAGAGAGCCUCUGGGAGCAGCUGGUCAUGGAAGCCUUUUUCCUCCAGGGAGGUGACAGAAGUUACAGAAGUAACAGAGACAAUUGUCACAGAGAUUGUGGAGGUGACACAGUACCCGUCGGGAGACAAGAGUGGAGAACCCAUAGUUACCAGGACGGUGAAAGUUCUCACUGGGUGUGCUGGAGAGUUGGCUGAGGUCCAAACGUGCCAAGAAGCACAGACUGAGUCUCAGUACCAAAUGGGCCAAUGGGAUCCCUUCUGCAGAUCAGUGGCCCCACGGGCCCUCACAUCACAGGAGCCACCGGAGCCCAUAGAGACUGUACUGAACUGGGUGUCUGAUAUGGAGGAACUGACUGAGGCCCAGAAGCCCCCGUCCUCUGAGACAAAGGUGCUAAAGGCCCAACUGCAGGAACAGAAGCUGCUGCAGAGGCUUCUGGGAGAGAGGAGGCCGAGGAUUGAGCGACUCCUGCAGGACAGCAAUGCGCCCAAUCGGCCUCUCCCCAUACAGGGUGCAGGGCAGCAGGAUCAUGGGAGUCCCCUGGCCACCCUACAGGAUCGAUGGGAGACCCUUCUAGAGAGAGCAGAGGCAAGGUAAGUGACCCGCUCCACUUUACUCUCACCAGUGCCCCCCGACCCUGGGGCCAGUCAGGGAAAGACAAGAGAUUCCAUAAUCUGCUCAUGAGACCAGUUUCUAAAGGGUUAAUCAAAUCUGCCGAGUUCAGCACAUUGGAUUAUUCACCCUGUUAUAGUUCCACGUCUUUAACAACCUAAUCCUCUAACGAGCCAAUAAAGUGACGGCCAGCUGUCACUUUUCUCUUAACCCCACACCAUCUCCAGUAACCCCUGUGCCUGGGAUAGAGACAGACACUAAUUCUGAAUCACUCAUUCCCCCUCUCAUGGUACGGAAUCCCUGACUGUCCUUACAGCAAAGAACCACUUCCUAUGCUGAUGGUGAGAUCUCCUUUCCUCCCCACCAAUGAAUCACUCAUUCCCCCCCCCUCUCUUGGUAGGGAAUCCCAUAACCUGACUGUCCUUACAGUAAAGAACCCCUUCCUAUGCUGAUGGUGAGAUCUCCUUUCCUCCCCACCAAUGAAUCACUCAUUCCCCCUCUCUUGGUAGGGAAUCCCAUAACCUGACUGUCCUUACAGUAAAGAACCCCUUCCUAUGCUGAUGGUGAGAUCUCCUUUCCUCCCCACCAAUGAAUCACUCAUUCCCCUCUCUUGGUAGGGAAUCCCAUAACCUGACUGUCCUUACAGUAAAGAACCCCUUCCUA